AGGAUGGAUUCUGAUUGGAUGUCAAUAUUUAUAUCGUUCAUCAGCUGGAAAAAAAAUCAUUCUGAAAGUGAUUCCUAUGAUACCGUUUCUCUAUGCCUUCAUCGUUAUUGUUGUAGUAUGGACUCUGUUAUUCUUUAAUAUUGAGAACGAUUUUUAGAACUAUAUAGUUAUCGUUAUCAUUAUAGUUAUCGUGCUUGGUGUGAAUGGGCCUUUAAACAUUAUUUUGAGUACAAGUGAUAUUAAUAGGGCAUUCUUUAAUUAUGCUAUUGUUGUUAUUUAUUACUAUCAAAUAUUUAAUAUAAAUGAGAUAAACAAUUAAUCCCUAUUUAGGGCAGUUUAUUUAGUUAUUUAUGUAUUAUGCUUACUGAUUUGCAUUUAAUAAUGUAACUGUCUUUAUUUCUUUCUGUGUGUGUCUGUCCCUAUCUUUCCUGUCCAUAUCUUUAUAUGCUUUACUAAACCCUUUAUCUUGCUUAUUUCAUUUACAUUAAUUUUAUCCUUUCAUUUCCAAACUGAUAACUGGCCUGCCACAUCAAAUGCUGCUGCACUGCUUGCUGCUUUGCUUGCUCGCACUAUAAACUGCAAGAUGCAAAUUCAGAUCUGCUUCUAACCCUUACGCAACUACGCCUAGCUUGCUUAGCAUCUUUGAAAAAAAAGGCCAGAACCCUCAAUUUUUGAUCUACGACCAUCUAUGAUUCUGGAAAACUUGAUACACUGUUAAUACUUGAUACACUAUUUAUACUUGAUACCACAAAGAUUUACACCCAAUCUUACAACCUGAAAAAAUCAAUCUCAAACCACAGAAAAAAAAAAAAAACUGAUAAGAAAACUGAGCUGCAUCUUCAGAAGGAUGAUUAAAAGUCAAUAUGCCAAGAAAAGGAAAGAGGAGUGAAUCACAGAAACAGCGCAGAAAGCUACAGUCUUCAUUGGGCACCAGUAACAGUACCAACUCUGUAUCAGGUAUGAGUGAUGAAAACCCGUAUGUGCUGUCUGUUAAAGCGUCUCACUGUCAGACCGAUGUGAGGUACAGUGUGUAUUCCAGAGGGCGUCAGUGUACUUGUAAUUCCUUAAUAUUCCUAGCAGUCCAUAGUGAAAGAAAUGAGCUACAGAGUUUCGAUUUAGAUAGCAUUUUACAGAAAGGUGAUGCAGUCUACACUAAUGUCAAACGAGCUCUGCAGAGCAAAGGACAAUUUGUGGGUAAUUUUCUAAAUUUUGAUGAGCUACCGCAGACAAUUCAGACAAACUCUCGCUGCUACAACAUCCUGAAACAUCCCCAGAGGUUUGGAUUUCUGAGAGAUACACCUGCACUAGGCAACUAUGAAAAUCUUGAGAAUACUUUGCAGUGUCUCAGAGCUGAAGUGAGUGAUGCUUUGCUGUUGUGUGGAUGCUCUUGCAUCGCUGUAUUCAGAGAUCGAUCAGGGAGGUUUGGUUAUUUUGAUUCUCACUGCAGAUCAAUAUAUGGAAUGCCUGUUGAAGAAGGCACAGGCACAGCGGUAUUCCUGACGUUUUAUCAAUUAUCGGAUCUUGUGGACAGACUUUUACUAUUGUUUCAAGGGUGUUUCGAUAUGAGAGACCAGGAAGAGUUUGAGCUGCUGCCUGUAUCAUUCAUUAGCAUGAUGACUGAAAGCUGUGUACGUACUGAAGUCUCAUUUGAGAACAGAGCUAUGUCAAAUGAUGAACAAUGCUCAUCUGCUGAUGCCCCACAACAGUAUUUAGAAGUCAAAGAUCCAGCACAACAACUAUCUGACACUUCUGUUAACAGAGCCACAUCAAUUGAUGAACAAGCCCACUUGACUGAAGUCUCCCUGAACUGCUGUGACCUUGAACUUAAUGUGCAACCAUCUGUAUCGUUUGAGAAGAAAGAUCUGUCAAACGAUGAACAAUGCUCAUCUGCUGAUGCCCCACAACAGUAUUUAGAAGUCAAAGAUCCAGUACAACAACUAUCUGACACUGCUAACACAGUCACAUCAACUGAUGAACAAGCCCACUUGAUUUAUCAAGAUAAAAUGGAAGUUCAAACUACUGUUGUUCAAAAUCAAGACAAAUAUAAAAAUGUACCAUUGAGUGAACUUUCUCAUAACAUACUGUCACAGGAUCAAUUGCCAUUUUCAGCUCCAAAUCACCAGAAUUCACAUUUCACAGUCAAGCAGACAGAAAAGCUGAACAAGACUCAAAAGCGAAAGUCUUACUAUAAAAAAUGGUACAAAGAAAUGGUUCAGAGGCAAGGUGAUUAUGACAAAAAACAGGCUGUACGUGAAGUCUAUGAUUAUAAAACAAGUAGUGAAUACAGACAAAGACAUAACCAAGCCAUGAUGAACAACUAUUGGAAUAAAAUUACUUAUAGAGAAAAACACAAAGAAGCAAUGAAAAACAACUAUAAAAAUAAUGAAAAAUACAGAGGGAAUAAAAAGAGUAAAAUAACAUUGAAUUACAAGAAUGAUGAACAAUACAGGGAGAGACAAAAGAAUUAUAUCAUUCAGAAUUACAGAAAUCGGGAACAGUUCAGGGAGAGACAAAAGAAUUAUAUCAUUCAGAAAUACAGGAAUCAGGAACAAUUCAGAGAGAGACAAAAGAAUUAUAUCAUUCAGAAUUACAGAAAUCGGGAACAGUUCAGGGAGAGACAAAAGAAUUAUAUCAUUCAGAAUUACAAGAACAAUCCUAAAUAUGAGAAAAAGCAUAAGCAACAUCUUGUUGACAGAUAUUUAAAAGAUCCCAUUUUUAGGCAAAGGCAAAAGGACCAUUACACAAACCGAUGCAAAAAUGAUCCUAAUUUCUAUAAAAAAAGGAAGGAAAUUUUUAAACAGCAUUAUCAAUGUGAUGCUCAUUUUAGGGUUCGUCAGAAAGAAUAUAAUUUAUUCAAAUCUAAAUGCAAAACAUCUGCGCUUAAGGUACUUCAAAAAGUACAUUGUGCACAAGAGAUACAGUACAAAUACAAAAAAAUGUAUUUGAUGCGCUGGCAAAGAGAAACAUUACAAGAUAAACAGCAUGACAUAGUACAAGAUCCAGGCAUGUUAAGAGCCUUAAAUGUUUUCAGAGAUGUUAUAAAACAGGGGCCAACUUAUGUCUGCACAUGCUGUGCCAGAGCACUCUUCUCCAAUCAAGUGCGUAAUUGUGAAUUGCAUAAAUAUAAACAAAAUCCUACAGUUGCUGCACUUUGCUUGACUGGAAACUAUGUUCACAUCUGCUCUGACUGCCCUGAUCGAUGUGCCUUGGAGAACAUGAAAACAGAAUGGAUCUGUCACAGCUGCCAUACGACGCUUUUGAGAGGUCUAAUGCCAGAUAUUGCUGUAGCUAAUAUGCUUCAGUUCACCCCCAUUCCUUCAGAACUGUGUGAUUUGAAUAUUCUAGAAAGACAUGUCAUUGCAAAGUACAUUCCCUUUGCGAAAAUUUUAACACUUCCUAAAGGCCAACAGAAAGCUAUAAAAGGAGCUGUAAUUUCUGUUGCAUCUGAAGUGGAAACAACAGUAAAUUGUUUACCAAGGCCCAGAAGUGAAUCACAGCUUCUUACAGUGAAACUGAAAAGACGUCUGUGCUACCAAGGUCACUAUCAGUUUCAGACUUUGAACAUGCGUAAGGUCUUGUCUGCUUUAAGUAAACUAAAGGAAAUGCAUUCAGAAUAUAAAGAUAUCAUCAUUAAUGCAGCACUCUCAGAAGAAGAAAUGUUCAAUGAGCAUGAACAGUCCGCAAAUGACGUCAGUGUUCCUGAUGAGGAAAUGGAUGUUGAGAGCAGCAGUCAAAAUGAGAAUACUGAAGAACAGAGCAAUGAGAAUCAACACAAUGAUUUAAGUGAUGACCCUGAGAAUACUGCAGAAGAGCAAUCAAGAGGCCUUGCUUUGGAUACAUGUCUUCAGCCCCCAGAUCUUGGUCAGCAGCUGUUGUCUUAUGAUGACGGAAUAUUUUGCAUUGCCCCAGCAUCGAAAAAUAGUCCUGUUAGCAUUUUCAAAGUUAAAAAACUUGAAUCAAUGUCUUUCCCGGUUCAAUUCCCUGAUGGGAAAAAUACCUUUGAUGAGCCUGACAGAGCAAAACAUGUUUCCCCCAGCAGAUACUUUAACACAAGGCUAUUUUCUAUUGACAAUCGCUGUGCAAGAGACACAAACUACAUCUUCUUCGCUCAGUUUGUCACUGAAAUGCAUAUGGCCACAUCUAGUAUGUCUAUCCAGCUGAGAAAAGCAAAACCCAUGACCCGUGAUGGACGCAGAAUAAACUGUUCACUGCUGCAGGACAAACAGGAGUUAGAAAAGCUUGUGAAUAAUAAGGAGGCAACACGUUUCAUGCAACCAUUAAGAGGGACUCCAGCAUACUGGGAGAAAACUAUGCGUGACUUAUUUGCUAUGUUGAGACAACUGGGCACUCCCACGUUUUUCUGUACAUUUAGUGCUGCUGAGAUGAGAUGGCCUGAAGUGAUUACUGCUAUUAAAGCACAACAAGGUGAAACUGUGAACUUUGAUGAAUUAGACUGGUCUGAAAAAUGUGAAAUCCUGAGAAGCAACCCAGUCACAGCCAUGCGCAUGUUUGAAAAACGUGUUGAAGCCUUAAUGAGGGAUCUAAUCAUGUCACCCGCUCGGCCUAUCGGUGAGGUAAUUGACUUUUUUUACAGAGUAGAAUUUCAGUUACGUGGGUCUCCGCACAUUCACUGCUUAUUUUGGGUGAAAGAUGCCCCAGAAUUCGAAAAUGAUGAAGAUCAGGAUGUUUGUGAUUUCAUUGAUAAAUAUAUAUCAUGCAAAUUACCAGAUCCAAACAAAGACCCAGAACUGCACAGAAUUGUAAGUGAAGUACAGAUGCACAGCCGUAAUCACUCCAAAUCCUGUAAAAAGAACAAGAAGCACUGCAGAUUUGGAUUUCCUAAACCACCCAUUAACAGAACCACAAUAACCCGCCCCAGACCUCCUCCUGCAGAAAAUUCUGAUGAUGAGAAUGGAUCAGAGGAAAGAGAUUAUGCCACCGUUGCAAAAGAACAGCUACAGAAGGUGUGGGAUCUACUGAAUGACUCAAGUCAGAGUUUUGAAACCAUUACACAGCUACUGAAUCAAGCAAACAUGACUUAUGAAGAGUAUGAGAAACAUAUCGAGGUGCUGUCUACAUCAAGUUUAAUAGUUAUGGAGAGACAACCACAGGACUGCUGGGUAAAUGGCUACAAUCCAAUGUUAUUAAGAGCUUGGAAUGCAAACAUGGACAUACAGUUCAUUCUGAACCCCUACAGCUGUAUCAUGUACAUGCUCUCGUACAUUUCAAAAUCUGAACAUGAGAUGAGUGACUACCUGAAGAGAGUGGUAAAAGACUCAAGCCAUGAUAACCUGUCUGACCGUGAGUGCAUGAAACAGGUCAUGAAUGCCUAUUCAAAGAACAGAGAAGUCAGCGCUCAAGAGGCAGUCGCUCGCACAUGCAGUCUGAAAUUGAAAUCAUCAUCGCGUUCUGUCAUUUUCAUACCCACUGAUGACAAUGCUGUAAAGAUGAGUUUACCAAUGAGGUACUUACAGACCAUGGAUGAUGAUGUGGAGAAUGUGUGGAUGACAGGAUUGCCAGACAAGUACAAGGCAAGACCCAAUAGGCCUGAAUUUGAGAACAUGUGCCUGGCAGAAUUUGCAAGUGAAUACCGCAUUGUUUAUGGAGGACAGACAAAAGGUAAAAAUGUUUUGCCACUUCAAAAAAAUAUGGGACGCAUACAGAAAAGAACAAGGGGAAAGCCUGCUGUUAUUAGAUUUGCUCGUUUUUCACAAGAAAAACAUCCAGAAAAAUUCUAUGGAACUCUUCUAAAACUUUACCUACCAUAUCGCAGAGAUGAACAGCUGAAGUCCACAAGAUUCUCCACAUAUGAAUCAUUUUAUGCAUUUGCUUCAGUAAAACUACCAGGCACUGAUGAACUACAGCGUGUGUUCGACAUUGUGAAUGAAAACCGUAAGAAAUAUGAAAAACAUAAUGAGGCUAUAGAAAAAGCAAUCGAGGAUUUUGAACAGAAUGGGCCAAUUGAAGAUGCAUGGACUACACUGGCACCUGCAAAUGAAAUGAUCAGAUUGGAGAGCAUUAUGGAGCGUGAACCCACUGAUCCUAAUGAAGUGAAUGAGCAAGAAGACGUUCCUGAAUACACAGCAUCUACCUCUGUCAGUAACACAGCUAUGCCACUCAUGGAAGUUACCCAGCUAAAUCAUGCUCAGAUUCGCAGAAUGUAUCAGAGCUUGAAUCAAACACAAGCUUCCAUAUUUUAUGCUGUGCGAGAUUGGUGCAAAAGAUGUGUUUCUGGUGAAAGCCCACAACCAUUUCUGUAUUUUUUGAAUGGAGGAGCCGGAGUUGGUAAAUCACACGUUAUUAAAUCUAUUUAUGCAGAAGCAUCCAAAAUCCUGCGUAGGCUUCCAUGCAUGCGAGAGCAUACUGACAUUUCACAGCCUACUGUUCUUUUAACCGCAUUCACAGGCACUGCAGCCUUUAAUAUCUCCGGUAAAACACUGCACUGUCUUUUGAAGCUCCCAAGAAGCUUGAAGCCUCCUUACCAAGGCCUGGGAAACAGCUUGGAUGAAAUGAGGGCGGACCUUUCUAAUGCACAUAUUUUAAUUAUUGAUGAAAUCUCAAUGGUGUCAAAACAGUUGUUUGCAUAUGUGAACUGGAGACUGCAACAGAUUAAAGGAAACCAGAAACCUUUUGGUGGAUUGUCCAUACUCGCUGUUGGUGAUUUUUUCCAGCUGCCACCACUUGGAAGAGCAAAACCACUCUGUGUAUAUGAGGACCAUGUGCUGGACUUCUGGAGAGAUCAUUUUCAAAUGAUAACACUGACACAGAUAAUGAGGCAGAGAGAUGAUCUUGCAUAUGCUGAGCUACUCAAUCGUCUGAGGGUGAAACAGAAGCAAGCAAAACUGACUGAUGCAGACAAGUGCAUGUUAGAAGCGGUCAUAAGAUCAUCCCCUGAAGAGUGUCCUAUUGAUGCAUUACACAUCUAUGCAACUAAUAAAGAAGUAGACAGUCAUAAUUCUGAAGCCAUAUCCUCGCGCUUUUCAGAUAUCAUUAACCUUGAUGCGCAUGACUAUAAAAAAGAUCCACGAACAGGUGAGAUGAAAAGGCAAGCUGUUCCAUUAAAAGGCGACAAACAUGAUCUAAUUGAUACACUACAGAUUGCUAUUGGUGCACGUGUGAUGCUUACUAGAAAUAUUGAUGUAGAAGAUGGUCUGGUUAAUGGAACUUUUGGCAAUGUUGCAAAAAUAACAGCUCAAACUCGAGGUGGUGUUCCUGUUGUUCAAUCAAUUGGUCUUCAUCUAGAUAAUGUGACUGCUGGACAGAAACAUCGCAACAUAGCACCCGAUGGAGAUGACAAUAUUGUCUAUAUUGAGAGGUCAGAGGAACCACUAAAAAAAAAAGGAACAGUUCGAAGGCAAUUCCCCAUGAAACUUGCUUUUGCUUGCACAAUCCAUAAAGUCCAAGGAAUGACAACAGAUUGUGCUGUUGUAUCUCUGAAGCGCAUAUUUGAAUCAGGCAUGGCAUAUGUUGCACUCAGCAGAACAACAACACUCAGCGGACUGCACAUUACUGACUUUGAUGAAAAUAAAAUUUUCUGUGAUCCAGAGAUAAAUGCCUCCUUGGAGAACAUGACAAAAGCAGAUUUUCAGAAUAUUCAACCCAUCCUUCACAUUGUACAAGAUUCAAAAAUAAAUUCUGCUCUUAAAAUCAUUCAUCAUAACACAGAGGGACUGGAGUGUCAUUUAGAUGAUUUGAAAUGCCAUCAUGAACUUUUACUGGCUGAUGUUUUGUGUCUCACCGAAUCACACCUGUCAGGCUCAGCUGUUCCUGCAUACCUCCAGCUGGAUGGAUACACCAUGUACAAACGCAACAGACAUGCAUCCUACACAAACUACGCCCAUUUGGCAAAUAAGAAAGGUGGUGGAGUGGCAAUUUAUGUGAAGAACAACUUUCAAGUUUCUCCUCUGAUGUAUAUACAGAAUGUCACUGACCUGGAAUAUUUGGUUUUGAAGAUAAAAGCCCCCAAACAAGCACUUCUUGCAGUGAUUUACAGACCACCCAGUUAUAAUUUAGCAGAAUUUUUGGCAAACCUGAAUGCCCUCUUGACAUCUCUGGAGAUCAUGGAUUAUAGGCCCAUUAUAGUGUGUGGAGACUUUAAUGAAGAUCAGCUGUCUCAUCACAACAAACCUAUUCUCAAUCUGUUUGAAGAUAAAGGAUACAAUCAGCUAAUCAGCACCGGUACAACAGAAAACAACACUCUUCUGGAUACUUUUUUCGUAAGUGGUGCACACUCAAACGUAAGAGCAGGAGUUCUACAGACAUAUUACAGCUAUCAUGAUCCUGUGUAUUGUGUUUUAGAAUAAAUACAUCACAUAUAAAAGCCUGCAUAGAUCUCUCACACUUUUGUAACUUUAUUUAAUGAUUUUGAGAAAUACAAAUAGAAUACAAUCAAAUUCAGUGUAUAUUACUAAACAUCGCAUUCUGUGUUUAUUUCAUGUGUGCAUGUGUGUGUGAAUGUGUUAAAUAGGGAAGGGGUGUUUGUGUGUGUGAGAGAGAGAGAGCGAGAGAGAGAGAGAGAGUAUGAGUGUGUUAGAUAAAGAAUGAAUGGAGAGUGAAUGUCCUUUCCAAGGAUCGCCACCUUGACGUGGUGGAAAGGCUUGUGUGUUCCAGUGAUCCCAAGCGUAAGUCAUUCUGGAGCUUUUCUCUCCAGUUUGUCAUGCUUAAGGGUGAGGUUCCAGACUAAGUGCGAUCCAGAUGGGCAUAAACUAAAUAAAAUUAUAUUUUCAGCAUAAUUACCUGAGUUUGUCUUUCUUUUGCAUACAUAAACUUAGAAGAAAAUUUAAAAUGUUUAGUCUAUUCAUAACAUGAAUCUCAAUGGUGUCAAAACAGUUGUAUUGUAAUAAUUUGAAAUGAGAGAUGAUGCAUACAUCUGUGAAGGUAAAAAUAUGCCUUUAUAAAGGUAAAUAAAAUUAUGCAGAUUUUAGAAGUUCACUAAUAACAUAAUAUAUCACAGCAAUGAUAUUUUGUUUUAUUUUUAAUUUAAACACAUUAAAUAUGACAUAUAGA